CCCCACAUAUCGUCUGUGUAUAUACCCAAGUCCGUGUUCAUCAUAUCGCAUUGAGAUUGCCCAAAAUAUCAGCAUCCCCUUUGCACAUACAACGCCCUGUUUGGCUCUACCAGCUGCCACGAGAAUCCCUGUCGACAUCAUUCUGUCCUCAAUCGUCCUCGCAUUGCUAGCCGUCAUCAUGGCUUUCCAGUUGCCUUCAUACCUCACCCGUUUUCUCCGACCCUUCACCGCAUCUGCUACCUUGUCCUUGCAGCCCGAUGCCCUGUCUGCGCUCCAAUUUCCUCCCAAUUCUCAGCGGGCCAUCUUCGCUGGUGGUUGUUUCUGGGGCCUGGAGGAGCUGUACCGCAAGGACUGGGGCAAUGGCCGAGGAUUAUUGGAUUGUAGAGUUGGCUAUACAGGUGGACAAACCAAGGCACCAUCUUAUGAAGAUGUAUGCACUGGUAGAACCGGACAUGCCGAGUCCUUGUUGAUUGUCUUUGAUCCUGACAAGGUUUCGUAUCGAGAGCUUGUCACAUACUUCUUCAAGAUGCAUGAUCCAACAACCCUCAAUCGUCAAGGUGCGGAUACUGGAACACAGUACCGAUCAGCUAUAUUUGCUGAAGAUGAGGAGCAAUUGAAGAUCGCCCAAACCGUCAAGGAGCAAGUGGGAGCUCAAUGGUACAAAGGCAAACCCAUCACAACUGAAGUAUUGAGGGCUACCCAGUGGUGGGACGCCGAGCCAGAGCAUCAGAAAUACCUGCUCGUGAACAAGUAUGGUUAUCAUUGCCCAGCACACUAUGUCAGACCUGGACUCCCUGAUCUCAAAUGAGGAGGAUUUGAAGGGCGACAUUAUAUGGUGCUGUAGGACGAGUUUUCUGCCGAAACCGCGAGUCUGGAAAAGCUUGAAAGAUGAGGCGUAUGAAAGUCGAACAUAUAUUUGAGAUAUGAAGUAUGAGGUAUGCGGUAUGCGGUAUGCGGUGUUUAAGUCCACAUCGAUGUGAAUACUAUGAUAUUGAAUAUAUAUUUAUUUAUAUGGGAGUCACUUACUCGGUUGUAUUUGCCCAUGACUUUCUAGAUGUG